UCCGCACGGUGCCACAUCAGAACAGUGUGUCCCGCUCACCGGCGGUUUAUGAAGGCUUCACCGGUUUAACCUCAAUCGGUUUUAGAGGAAUCGCAGGGGAAAGGGCUAUUGUUUCAGUAGAUGAUUAUGUAGAAGUCGAAAUAUGAUACUUGCACCGCAAAGAUUUAACGCACAGCGGGGGUUUGAUUUUCAUUUAUUCACAGAGAUGACAGCGAGCGCUUGUUUAUUACUGUGCUAAUCGUGUCAUUCGAGAUUAAUCGUUAUCAUUUUACACACGUUGAAUAGGCUAAGUUGUAUUUUUGAUGGCCGUGUCAGGAGGCGCCCGGCGGAUCCCGAUGGGUGUGCGGACAUUCAGUGAGUUUCUGGAAAUAGCGACGGUCGGUCCGUGUCGCUCCAGCAGCCCGUAUAAAUGCAGAGCGAGAAUACAGCACUGGCCCAUCAGACACCUGUCCUCCUGCGGGAUCUUGAUGACCCGUCAUCCUCGCGCUCUCGGUCUCACUGAAGUGGGUUUGACUCCCACUCAUCACAGGAGAUCUUUCAUCAGCCUCACCAAUAAGAGAAAAGAGUAUUCAGAGAGGAGAAUACUAGGGUACUCAAUGCAAGAGAUGUAUGAUGUGGUAGCCAAUGUGGAUGACUACAAACACUUUGUACCGUGGUGUAAAAAGUCCCAAACCAUCAUGAAAAGAGCCGGUCAUGCCAAAGCUCAGCUGGAAGUGGGCUUCUCUCCUGUUGUUGAGCGAUACACUUCAAUGAUAAGCCACGUCCGUCCACAUCUGGUCAAAGCAGUGUGUUCAGACGGUAAACUCUUCAAUCAUUUAGAGACAAUAUGGCGGUUUAGUCCCGGUAUUCCUGGCUAUCCUCGCACAUGCACUGUAGACUUCUCUAUCUCGUUCGAGUUCCGCUCAUUGCUGCAUUCGCAGUUAGCGACGGUGUUUUUCGACGAGGUGGUGAAGCAGAUGGUGGCCGCGUUUGAGCGGCGAGCGGGCAAACUCUACGGACCCGAGACGAGAAUACCCCGCGAGCUCAUGUUUCACGAGGUCCAUCAAACGUGAGAUGCACCUUCAUACUGGACUCAUAGAACUCUUUAGACCGUUAUCACAUGACAAAUCAGAUCACUAGAUUACUUUGGGAUGGUACGAGAGAUACCAUUUACUUUUAGAAAAAGAUUUCAGUUCAUCUGAGGUACUGUACCUUAUACGUGUAUUUUUAAAACAUUUUUUUUUUUGCUUUUUGAAUGUGAAUGAAGAUUAAUUGAUUAUUGCAGCCCUGACUGGUAAGAUUUGAAAGUUGAAGUUCAAAAAACGGACACUUGGACGUUUCACUAGGGUUUCAUCUGGUUUACUCGUUUUGUCUUGCUGCAAGAUAAUUGGGGCCAAAUCUGACUGAUUACUUAAACUGAAAGGAAUAUUUUAGGUGAAAUCUGUCGCACGCUGUUGAUUACCACACAAAAUUGUUUUGAUUUGUACCUCAGAUUUUAUAAACAAACAAUAAAACAUGUACAGCACAACCAUUGUUUACUUUCCCCUUGCAAAUGCGCAGUUGUUGAUGAUUUUUAUGGUUUGAAGUCAAUAUUAUUUUGUGUGGUAAUCAACGGCAUGCAAAAGACACAGAUAAACCCAGAAUAUUCUUUCUAAAACGAAUCUUCAUAUACCUAAAUAUUAAUAUAGUGAAAAUUCAGACCUACUUGAUUUCCACACUGCACUGAAUUUAUAAUAUUCAUCUCAAGUAGUCACACGCGGAGGUUUGUGACUCCAAACACAACUGCAAAUAUAAUAAAAAUUAAUUAUGCAGUUAGAGUGACCUCAAAUGUUUCUCUCACCUAAAUAUUUAUCCUCAUAGACAACAAAAACGUUUGUUUAUAUAAGUAGUGUAUUGUAAUGAAAAAAAAUGAAGAAUUAUAUUUAGCAUGCUUUUGCUUUCUUUGGAUGCAUUCAUGCAAACUCAGGGCUUUGGCGAAAUUCAAAGGAAAGAAAUGUAAGAACUCAACCUGUUGUUCCCUAAUAGUGAUCCCAGUUUGUGCCUGUUCAUGUAGACUGUGCCAUUUCUGUUUUGUUGCUACAUUAAUGUUUAAACACUACUGUAUUUGUGUUUUGUGAUUUCUUGAAAAGCUACAGUAUGAGCUGGCCGAAGCAUCAGAUACAAACAUAACGGUUUCUUUUUUUCAACAUUUAUUUUAUGAGAUUUUAUUUUCAGCCAUUUCAAUGCCUUAUGUAAGUGUUCAUAGCAUUUAUAAAUGACAUCAAAUAAUGUAAUUGUCAAGAUGUUGAUUGGUAAUUUACUUGUGCUGUAUCAAACACCUGUCUUAAGAGUCUUCUGUGGAAAUAACAUCACCGUCAGUAGAUUUCUAGGGUUUGUCAUAAAAACACCUUGUUAGAUGUCUGUUAGGUCAGAAUGUUUGGUUGAAGGACUGUGAAUAAGAACCAGAGAUGAGCAGUGCUUCAUAAGAGCAAGAAGAGCAGUUUUAGAAAUUCUCUCCGAAAUGAAUGUUGUCUGUUCAGUAAAGCUUAAUUCUCUGUCAACAGGCCUGUCGUCAGUGUUAUAAUCUUGCACAAGCAUUUCUUUUGAGAAUCUUUACAUUUAUUUCCAAACAAAUAUUUUGUGUCUGUUUUACUUGAACUGCUUGAGAUUCAUUAGGAGGCCGAUUUCCUGCUUUGAAUUAUGACGCAUUUGAUCUUGAAGUACACGUGGUUUCUUACCUCAGAGUGGUAGCUCUAUGAUUGAAUCCUAUGUUGAGGAGAUACACGGGUACUUGUGAAAACGUAACAGUGAUGCAGUACCAGGGAACAAAGAAUACAAAGUGAAACCAGCAGUGGAGGUUGAGGAAAUCGGAGGAAGGUGGUGGUAUCUGGGUCAUGUAUUUAUAACCGCAUGAGAGCUGCCCUGACCUGAAGAUCGUUUCCUUGCAGAUCUUUAAACAAAAUUCACCAUUAAAACUGAAUUUAAAAUCGAUUCGUUAAAGAAGAAUUACCAGGCUUAGAUCUUUAGACAAUACUGCACAUAAUUUGAGCAAUAACCAUGUUUGUGUGCACAUCAUUUACAGAAUAAAGGGGUAGUUCACCUAAAAAUGACAAAUCUGACAUUUACUCACCACAUGUCUUUCCCAACCUGUAUUUAUUACUUUCUUCUGUGGAACAUAAAAGAUAUUU